AUGGCAAACUACCAAGUUCAAGUUGAAUUCACAACCAACAAGCGUGGUGGUCGGACUCUACAUCAAGCCGGAUUUAGUUAUAUGGUGAAGAACAACUACCGAGAUACAACCUAUUGGAGAUGCUGCAUUAGAGACUGUCCAGCAACCAUCAACACCAGAGAUGACAUUCCAGCGAAGAUGGGCCACCAGCACAACCACCAACCCAACCGAUUUCAAGUAGAAGUAAAGAAGGUCAUGAAUAGUAUAAAGAAGAGAUGCAGAGAAGAACGUAAAGCCGUACCCGCCAUCUACGACGAAGAAAUCGCCCACUUACAGACAUUAGAUUGGACAGAUGACAAACGACGAAUGGUGGAACAGAUACCAACCUAUCCCUCCUGCAAGACAUCCCUCUACCACAGCAGAGCGAAGCUACUACCCAAACUACCGACUUCAGUGGCAGAUAUCACACUAGAGAACGAAUGGACACUCACCAACACAGGGGACCAGUUUGUACUAUUCGAUGACAACAGAGACAACUCGAGGAUUUUAGCCUUUGCCACUACCAGUAACCUAGAGAUCCUGUCAACAGCUACCACUCUGUAUUGCAGCAGAACAUUCUACAUUUGUCCGAGGUUCUUCAGUCAACUUUACACCAGAUUCUUGGAGAAGUCUACAAUGGAAGAACGACAACUUCAACUGAACCCGACAGUGAUAUUCAUGGACGCCGCCAAAUCCAUAUUCCAAGGAAUUACAGUGAAAGGGUGCUUCUUCCACUUCACGCAGACCUUCUACAGAGACAACGAGGAUAUCCACAGACUUGUUAGACGUGCAGCUGUUCUCCCACUUAUACCUCCACAACGCAUUGAGGACUACUGGUUCAACGCAAUGGAUGACCUUGAAGAUGUCGACCUACCAGUGGAUACAACACCAUUCACCGACUAUGUCACAACCCAAUGGAUAGAAGGAGACCGACAUGUUUGGAACCACUUCGACAACGACGGGCCGAGGACUACCAACAAUCUUGAAGGAUGGCACAGCAAACUCAAGAAGAGGAUUCCACAUGAGCACCCAAACAUCUAUCUGUUCAUCCGUGUACUGAAAGACAUCCAAGCUGCCAAUGACAUCAACCGGAUUCAACGUGCUGCUGGAGGUUUACCUGUGCCAAAGAGACAACGCUAUUGGAACCUGGAUGACCGCCUGAUCCAAUUGAAAACUCUCCUACAGAACGACGAGAUCAACUUCAUCAAUUAUGGAGACAGAGCCACAUAUCUAUUGCAUAUGGAGUGA